AUGGCCGGAGAUUUCAAGACCCUUGGCAAUUUCAUGUUAUUGUUUUUCAGUAAAGGUUGCCAUACUUCCAAAACAGACAUAAACUACAGAAUUUGGUUCAUUGGAGUUGAGCCAUUCCAAGCACUCAUGUUCAUCAAUGGCGGAUUCUUUUCCUCUCUGUGCUUUAUAUUUUUCUCCUUCCUUAUUGCACAGCAAAAGUGGGCCUAUAUGCUAUGCUUUUCUUCUGAAAACAGAAACAUCUUGGUCGGCAUAAUCAGGUUCCAGCUCGUAGAAGCUGUUAACAAGAACUCCAUAGCUUCUGGUCUCUGA